AUGGCCUUGACCGAUAUCGACCGUGACGAGGCGGUGCCCGGCACGGUCCGGCUCGUCGACGUCAGCGGCGGAUCUUCCGAUGCGCACGACAAGUCUCAGGCGGACAUUGUCCUGGUGCCUCAGCCGAGUGCCGACCCCAACGACCCGUUGAACUGGACGCACGCCCGCAAGCUGAGAACGGUCUGCAUGGCUUACCUCUACGUCCUCGGAACCGGCAUCGCAACCUCCCUGCAGUACUCUGUGCUGGCCGACAUCACGGCCGACACGGGCAUAUCGACGGCGAACCUGGUCCAGGGCACCGGUCUCAUGUUCCUCUUCUUUGGCUGGGCCUGCUUGUUAUGGCAGCCCAUCGCUCUGACCUACGGCCGCCGCGGCGUCUACCUCAUCACCAUGCUUCUCACCGUCGCCAUGAUGGAGUGGACGGCCAGGUCGAGAACGGCCAGCGACUGGAUGGCGCACCGCAUCCUCAUCGGCGUCAUCGUCUCCCCCAUCGAAUCCCUCUGCGAGGUCACAGUCUUUGACCUCUUCUUUGCCCACAACCGCGGGACGCACAUGGGACUCUACGUCUUUACGCUGUUCGGAUCCAACUUCCUGGCGCCGCUGGUGGCCGGUUGGUUCAACGACGCGUUCGGGUGGCGGUGGACGAUGCACCUCGGCAGCAUCGUGUGCGGGGUCUGCUUCGUCAUCAUGUUCCUCUUCAUGGAGGAGACCAUCUACUUCCGCAGCGAGGAGACGACCAGCGAGCAGAGCUCGGUGGUGGACAUGAAGAAGGAGGGCAACACCACGACGACCGAGGUGCCCGCGGUCCAGGUCGAGUACCCCGACAUCAACGCGGGCUGGGGCAAAUACACGCUGUUCAAGGCGCUGCCCGGCCGGCCCAGCAACGGCGACAUGCUCCGCAUGGCCUACCGCCCCAUCAUCAUGAUCUUCCGGCUCCCGACCGUGGCCUGGUCCGGCUUCCUGUACGGCAUCAACCUGUCGUGGUACAACGUGCUCAACGGCACCGCCAGCCCCGUGCUCACCGCCAACCCCUACAACUUCUCCGCCGCCCUGGUCGGCUGCGUCUACGCCGGUCCCAUCAUCGGAGCCGCCUGCGCCUCGCUCUGGUCGGGCAACGCCGCCGACUGGCUGGCCCUGCGCCUGGCGCGGCGCAACAACGGCAUCCGCGAGCCCGAGCACCGCCUCUGGGUGCUGCUGCUCGCCGGCGUCAUGUCGUCCGCCGGCCUGAUCACGUGGGGCGUGGGCGCCUACUACAACGUGCACUGGGUCGGCCUGGUGUUUGGGCUCGGCAUGCUGACCUUUGGCGUGGUCACGGGCGGCUCCAUCGCCGUCAGCUACAACGUCGACUGCUUCAAGGAGAUCGCCGGCGAGACGACCGUGUCGGUCAUGCUGAUCCGCAACACCAUUGGCUUCGGCAUCAGCUACGGCAUCACGCCCUGGUGGACCACCCAGGGCCUGCAGAACUGCUUCAUCACCGCCGCCAUGAUCUCGCUGGCCUGCACCUUUACAUUUUUCAUCAUGGUCAAGUACGGCAAGCGCAUACGCCGCUGGUCCAUCCCGGCUUACAAGCAGUUCAUGGCCACCACCGUGGUUGCGCAGGAGUAA